GAUUGAGAGAAAUCCUCCAGGGAUGUGCGGCUAAUUUGCUAGCGGUUGUCUGGGAACUUCAUUCCCCGGAAAGGACGUUCCUCUCCAGCGUCGGAGGCAGCAGCAUAGCCGUGACCUCCCACACACAAUUAAAGAGGGCACCUCUGCAUCGAAGGAAGUCUGCCAUUAGACAUUUUUUUGGAUGUUAUCCGGCCGACAUGGUUUUGUGUUGUUGUUAGGGGAUGGCGGGGGACGUGCAUAAGGAGACCCGCGAGGAGGAGCGCUACGACGGCCAGAUUGGGCAGCAGAGUCGGGGCUCCGGCUCCCGGAUCUCCACACGGACGUGCACCCUGCUCCUGGUUCUUGCUGUUCCUCUUCUGGCUUGGGGGGUCAAGUACUAUCAAGAAGCCCACCUUCUGAAGCGACAUGAGGAGAGCAUUCGAACGCUGGGUGCCGAGGGGCUUUUUCUCUUCUCCUCUUUAGACACCAACCAUGACUUCUAUCUCAGUCCGGAAGAGUUUAAACCGGUUGUUGAGAAACUCACAGGGAUUUCACCUCCAGGGGACACUGAAGAGGAGGUAAUUGAAGACCCAGAUGGGGAAACUUUAACACUGGAGGCCAAAAUGGAGCCUCUGCUUAUGGACUCGAUGACAAAAAGCAAAGAUGGCUUCCUUGGGGUCUCGCACAGCUGCCUGAGUGGUUUGCGCUCGUGGAGGAGUCCAGCCGUGCCUUCCUCUUCCUUCUUCGCCAGCCAGUUCAGGGUCUUCCUCCCUCCAAAGAACAAGCAGGAGGUAGGAGGCACGUGGUGGGUGAUACCCAGCGAGCUCAACAUCUUCACGGGGUACCUGCCCAACAACCGCUACCACCCUCCCACACCGAAGGGCAAAGAGGUUCUCAUCCACUCGCUGCUGACCAUGUUUCACCCCCGACCCUUCAUAAAGUCUCGCUUUGCACCUCAGGGCACCAUCGCGUGCAUACGUGCCAGUAACGACCUCUAUUACGACAUCGUAUUCAGGAUUCACACAGAGUUCCAGCUCAACGACGUCCCAAACUUUCCCUUCUGGUUCACGCCGGGCCAAUUCACAGGCAACAUUGUCCUCUCGAAAGACGCCUCUCAUGUGCGGCACUUUCACCUCUACGUCCCCAGUGACAAGUCUCUGAAUGUGGACAUGGAGUGGCUGUACGGCGCCAGCGAGAGCAGCAACAUGGAGGUAGACAUAGGAUACCUACCACAGAUGGAAUUGAAGUCCACCGGGCCGUCCACUCCCUCCAUCAUCAUGGACGAGGAGGGCAACGUCAUCGACAGCCGGGGCGGCAGCGCCGAGCCGAUCCAGUUUGUCUUCGAGGACAUUGACUGGAGCGCAGAGAUCGAUCAGAAAGAAGCCGCCCGUCGCCUGGAGGUCACCCUGUAUCCCUUCAAGAAAGUUUCCUACCUGCCUUUUUCGGAGGCCUUCCAACGGGCAGAGGCAGAGAAAAAGUUGGUGCAUUCCAUUUUGCUUUGGGGGGCACUAGAUGACCAGUCCUGCUGAGGUUCUGGGCGAACUCUCCGGGAGACUGUCCUGGAAAGUUCGCCCGUCCUGGCUCUGCUCAACCAGAGUUUUGUGAGCAGCUGGUCUCUGGUCAAAGAGCUGGAGAACAUACAGGCUGAUGAGCGUAGCCCCGAACUGAGUGAAAAGGCUCGCUUGCACCUUGACAAGUACACCUUCCCUGUGGAGAUGAUGGUGGCCCUGCCCAAUGGAACCAUUGUCCAUCACAUCAAUGCCAACUUCUUCCUGGACCAGACUUCCAUGAAGCCUGAUGAGGGCGAGGGGCAGGAGGGAACCACUUUCAGCUUCUCCGGAGGGUUUGAAGACCCCUCCACGUCCACUUACAUCAGCUUCUUGAAGGAGGGGCUGGAAAGGGCUAAGCAGUACCCGGCACAGUAGAGCAUGUGCAGACGUAUGCCUACACUGUAUGUGUGUGUAUUUCAUCAUUCCUGUGGCUAUUGAAGUGUGAUAAGACAGCUCGUCCAUAGUUUGGGGCUUAGCAGUGAGAGCUGCUCUUCAUUCAAGCAUUAUUAUUGAGCAUUGUAACAAAUGAAGAGAAAUAACAGAGGCCUUCUUGCCGCCAUUAAAUGUUACACGACUACAAAAAUGUAGGGAUAUUCAGCUUUUAGGUGGAAUUUCAGGAUGAACCUAAAAUGCACUGGAAUCUGUGCAGGGGAACUUUGACCCAAACUGUUGAAUGCAAAUUGCCAACCUUCAGCAUUUCGGGACUUUUUGCACAACUUGGCUCUUCACAACGCGCGUUGUGAAUCAAUUAAUAUAUCUGUAACAUUUUGUGAGUAGUUUUAUGCAUAUGAUAAAGGUGCACAUUCAUAUUUCAUGCUAUGUUACACACUCAAGAGACUCAAAAGGGAAGUAUAGCCUCCUGGCGCCUUUCGGCAGUUUGUGACGGUGCUGCCUGAAAGCUUUUCUCAGGCUGGGCAGAACCUGAUGAUAGUUGCUGAUGAAGUGUGCUGGAGGAAACGCCCCCGUCUUGCUCCCUCUUCGGGCCGUGACGCAGCAGGCAAAAGUCUCCCAUCGGGUUGUGGCGCCCAACACGAGGAAUUCGGUCACGGUCAGAAUAUUUAGCAGUUUUUGGAGAGUUCAGUGCAAUGAAAAGAUGCAGCUUGCACAUAUUUGAUAGCUUUUAUGAAAAUUCUUUUGCAAAAUGUGUUUUCUUAAAGCUGCACAUUUUGUCUGCAUUUAGUGUGCUUUUUUUUUUUUUUUAUAGUUUGCAAGGGGGGAGUUCCUCUACACCAAAGAACAAUGUUAUAAUUUUUAUAAUAUAUAGCAGUUGACUCGCAGCUUCAGAGUGACAGUUGCAUAUCAAUCCGAUAAGCUGCCUGGUUCGUACCGAUUCUUCUCAAAGGAACCAAAUACUGCAAUUUAGCUUUUUUUUUUGUAAUUGGUCUUAUUUCCAGUUACAAAAAAUGAAGGAAAUAGUACUCAUUUAAAUUUUUAUUUUUAUUUAUUUUUUUUUAACCCUGUGCAGAAGACAAAAGGCUACCCUUGAUUAUUGCUAAAGGUAACAAUGAGAGCAGUCUGAAUUUGAAACACUGUGAUUCUGUAACUACACUUUUUGUACCAGACAAACUUUUUGUUUUUUUUAAACCAACAUUGUGAUCUGUUAACACUCCAUAUGCACAUUAGCUUUAAAAUGUCUUAAAAAAUGUAUUAACUGUACAAACUGAGAUCAAUAUCUAUAGAAUAUAAAAAAUUCUGCCUUUAAAGAU